UUUUAUGCUGUCACGCAUAUGCGAAGAAAUCCCUCCAUUUUUCCUGCAUAAGAUAGGUCUGUUGUUUGCAACGUCAAAUAUGAUUGAAUUAGGUUGAUUGUAGUGAUGGAAUUUUGAUAAUUAAAGGAUCUUUAUAUGUAAUCAAACAACAGCUGCAAAAAUGUCUGUGUUUUUCCUGAAUUCAAAUCAAGAUAGUGAAAUAGAGGGCGAUUCAAAUGGAGACUUGCAAAUUGCAUCGCCAGGCAAUUCUGAGGCACAACAAGCAUUGGCUGGCUUUUGGCCAAAAGUUAUGGAAGAAAUAAAAAAUAUUACAACUAUGGAUCUUAAAACACAAUCUUUACCAUUGGCAAGGAUAAAGAAGAUUAUGAAAUUGGAUGGAGAUGUAAAGAUGAUAAGUGCAGAAGCUCCUAUGCUUUUUGCUAAAGCAGCAGAGAUUUUUAUACAUGAACUGACUCUCAGAGCAUGGGUGCAUACAGAGGACAAUAAGAGAAGAACUCUCCAAAGGAAUGACAUUGCAAUGGCAGUUACAAAAUACGAUCAGUUUGAUUUUCUCAUAGAUAUAGUACCUAGAGACGAAAUAAAACAAAGUAAAGCACAGAAUGAGGCCACUGUACGCACAUCUAUGAAUUCUGAUCAAGUCCAUUAUUAUUUUCAAUUGGCACAGCAACAAGCUUCAGCAAAUCAAGGUGUACAGAGCAGUGGUGGUACUACGCAACCUAUACAGAUUGUCCAACCUUCCAGUGGACAAAUUCAGACUAUCAAUAUUGGCAGUCCGGUAGAACAGGAGACCUCUAACACAAAUACAGCACAAACAGUUACAGUUCAAAAUCCGCAGCAGUCAUCUGGUCAACAAAUUAUACAAUUGCAGCAAACCCAACAAACACCCCCCACUCAAACUGGUGGGAUACAAAUUGUACAACAAAUUGUUACUCCUAGCGGCGAAAUUCAACAGAUACCUAUUCAGUUGACUCCCCAGCAACUGCAGAUGAUUCGUAUGCAAGUACAAGGUGGAAGCAAUCAACCAAUUAUCAUUCAGACAGCUCCCAUUCAGACUCAACCACAAUUGAUACAAGUUGCGCAAGGCGCCCAAGCUCCAGUUUUCUUACAAACUUCUAGCGCUGAUACUGAAUAAUAUUAAUAUUUCAACUAUAUAUUAUAAAUAAUAUAAUAUAAUGACACAAAUGUGAAAGAUAAAAAAUAUAAAUAUCACAUUUCUAUAUAUAUAUAUAUAUAUAUAUAUAUAUAUAUAUAUAUAUAUAUAUAUAGAAUAUAUCUACACAAUACAUAGUUUUUUCUGUUUAUAAGCAACUAUUUUUUCGGAUAAUUAGAACAAAUUUAAGAUAAUUAGAUUAAUCACGAAAGAUAGAAAAUCAAUAAUAGUAUAUAACUUUAUAUAAUUAUAUUAAGAAAAUCAGAGAACACAAAACAUAACAAAUUACUGAUACAACAUAAAAAAUAAAAAAAUUUAAUUUCAAAUGUCUUGCACAUUUCAUCAAGAUGGAUAAUUAUUCUAAAUUGUCAAGUAAUUAUUUUGUAUUGCUUAUAAACAGAAAAAGAUAUGUGUGUUGUGUACAUAUAUUCUAAAUGUAUACAUAUAUAUAUAUA